UUUAUGCAUAAUACGACGUCUAAAUUGUGUUAAAAAUCUACCUGACCAUCAGGAAUCCAACGUUGACGUGCCUCGUUAUUUCCAUGGCUGCACAAGAGCACUGAACACGAAGAAAUGUUUUGUUACCCAAGAUUCUGGUACUUGGCUCAAUGCAUCUGCCGAAGGCCCGUGUUGUUAGUGAUCCUGACAUUAUCGGCCCUCUUCGCAGCGCAGUAUCUGAUUUCAGACAGCUUCGUUCACCUGAAUCGCUACCAAGUUUCAUCUUACAAAUCUUCCAACAAAUCUGAAGGAAACAGCACAGGCUUCCUCGUAUCGAAUUCAAAAUGCCAGAUCCCAGAGAGGAAUCCUUUCGAUCCGUUGAUUCGCCAGUUUGUGACUAAAGAAAAAUUUGAACCCUGUACGAAGACGGCAUUAUUAACCAGAAUAGUCAAGAUGCGGAACGGUGAACUGGUGUUGAGAGUAAACUUGAACGUGGCCAAGAAUUACGUAGACUUGUCCUGCUGCUGGGCUCCGAUUCACAGAUCGAAGCCUUCGGAAACUCCUGAUCGUAAUGUCGACUCUAAAAUAAGUCUGGGUUCCUGCAUAAAUUUCAAAAACGAAGUGAUUAUUCCUGCCAAUGUGGAGGUCGUCUUAGUGAAAUGCAAAGCGAAGGACUUGAGGCCGCGAACGAAAAAGAAUACGAAGACGGUGUACGAGAACGUUCAUUCGCUUUUGCGACCAGAAAAAGUCAGCGAGAAACUGUCGCAGAGAAAGAGCUCAAACAGCACAAGAAAGCUGAGCGUCCUUCUGUUGGGGAUCGAUAACGUCGCGCGUUGGAAUUUCGAACGUUCGAUGCCGAUUACUUCGCGGCAUUUAAAAGACACCGGAUGGAUCGAGCUUAAGGGGUACAACAAGAUGGGGGAGAACACGUUCCCCAAUCUGAUGGCGGUACUGACUGGCAUGAACGAUUCCCAAGCCAUGAAAGUGUGCAAACCGACCGAGACCUUCGGCUUCGACAACUGUCCGAUGAUUUGGUACUCCUUUAAAAAUACGAGCUACGUAACCGCCUACGGAGAAGACACGGCUGAGAUCAGCACCUUCCAUUACUACAAGGCGGGCUUCGUGAAUCCUCCGACCGACUUCUACCUGCGUCCCUACAUUAUGGCGGCGGAAAAGUACCUGCCCCUAAAAAGGCACCUGGACAACAGCUACUACUGCACCGGCCCCGAGCUCAGUGGCGUCAGAGUCUUCAACUACGCGUUGGAGUUUGCGAAGACCUUCAUCGGGGUACCAUACUUCGGUUUCUUCUGGACGAACAGCAUGAGCCACGAUAACAUAAACGGUGUAUCCUCGGUCGACAGCAAUGUACUAGACAUCUUGCAGCGGCUUGACUACGAGGGUAUCCUCAAUGACUCUAUGGUGAUUUUCCUCAGCGAUCACGGUAUGAGAUACGGCUUGUUUAGAGAGACCAUUCACGGCUGGUACGAGGAUAAACUGCCUUUCAUCUACGUCUGGCUACCCGAGUGGUUCAAGGCUGAGAAUGGGGAGGCUUCCGAGGCGCUUCGAGCUAACGGAAGGACUCUAACAUCGCCGUUCAACCUUUACGAGACUCUGAGGGAUAUCCUGGCUCGGGCUGGAGGAGACGCUGACCCGAGCUCAGGGUGUCCGCACUGUCAGUCUCUGUUCAGCGAGGCGAAGAAGGAGAGAGGCUGCGAGGACGUGGGGGUCAGUCAUCGUUGGUGCGCGUGUACGAGGUUCGGUAACAGCGGUAUCAGCAAUGAAUCAGCUCAUGAGGCUGCUAACAAGAUCGUCAGUUACAUCGACAGUAGCGUUGAGCGAUACAAGAACUCCCGGGGGAAGAGGAUCUGCUAUAAACUCAGACUGAAAAAGAUUCUCAGAGUCAAUGAGAUGUUCGGGUUCGUUUCAUCGAACGGCACUUCCGGGUACAAGCAGUUUUUGUACCAGCUCCAAGUCAUGCCGGGAAAUGGAAAAUUCGAAGCUUUGAUACAGCACCACGAGGACGGAGAUUUAACUAUCGUUGACGGUGAAGUCAGUCGAAUAAAUUCCUACGCGAGUACUGCUAACUGCCUUGACACUGGACCCAAACCGUUUUGCUAUUGUGAUUGACGUUCACUGAUGAAUAGAUCGAGUUUCUGUUCGAACAAAAAUGGGAAAAUCAUUCUGCGCUACCAGUAAUUCAAGGUAAAAAUACCUACUAUUUUUAGAGGUGUGUGGAAAGGGGUAAAUUAAUUUUGCUACCGGUUUUUCAACUUUGGAACUUUCGCAAGGCGUGUGAUUUACACCUUAUUGAUAGACCAAUUGCAGUACCUGUAGCAUAACGAGUACAAAACAAUAAUAUGAGGUAAAGCUAUUAUCUGCGUUAUUUCACCAAUCAUAAUUGGCUGUAAAAUUAUUAGUGAAAAUCAGUAAAUAAGUAGAAUUGUUAUGAC